UCAACAUGCUGCUAAAAUACUUAGGUACCGUCAUGCCAGCGCAGGAGUUGGAAAAUCGGGUAAUCAGCAUAGCAUGGUCGCCAAACAAUUUAAAGCUAGCUGUGGCAUCUUCGGAUCGUUCCAUUUACCUUUUUGAUGAAAAUGGUAUAAAACGUGAUAGAUUCUCCACUAAACCUGUUGAUUCCAAGUUUGGCAAAAAGAGCUACAUGGUGAAGGGAAUAGCCUUCUCUUCAGAAUCCACAAAGAUUGCAGUUGGCCAAACCGAUUGCAUUGUAUAUGUAUAUAAAAUAGGAGAAGAUUGGGGUGACAAGAAAGUAAUUUGCAACAAAUUCCGACAAAGUGCCGCGGUGACUUGCUUGAUCUGGCCAGUAGAUGGUCCGAUCAUCGUAGGAUUGGCGGAUGGGAAAGUACGCGCGGCUAUGGUCAAGUCGCAGAAGGCGCAAACCUUAUACACUUCCGACGCUAUGACGAUAGCUCUGGCUAGCAACGUCCGCGGUAGCGGCUUCCUGUCAGGCCAUGCUGACGGCAGCAUUAUCCGGUACUACAUUGCCGAAGACGGCAACGCGGAACCAUCGGGACGCGUGUGUGUCCACGGAGUGCCUCCUUAUGCUCUGGCGUGGCCACAAUCGCAUAUCCUAGCAGCGGGUUGCGACAAACGGCUGACUAUGUACGAUCCAUACGGCAAACCGGUCAAGACCUUCGAUUUCAGCCGAGAUUCUCAAGAGAGGGAGAUCACUGUGGCCUGCUGUAGUCCAAGUGGCCAGAGCGUCGCUGUAGGUUCCUGGGACAAAGUGCGCAUAUUCGAUUGGUCGCCACGAAGAAGUAUCUGGGAAGAGACUAACGUGCGCGACUUGCCCAACUUCUACACCGUCACGGCGCUCUCCUGGAGACGAGACGGUUCGAAGCUGGUGGUCGGCGGAUUGUGCGGCAACGUCGAGCAGUUUGAGACUAUUUUGAGACGCACAGUGGUACGCGGUAGUCACGAGGUCGCCUACGUGGGUCCUAGCCAGGUAGUGAUCCGACCUCUGAGCGACUCUUCACAGCGACCUAUCGUCAUCAGAUCGCAGACGGGUCUGGAGAUCGAGGACGUGCGUGUCUUAGGACGUAGGGACAACAACGUGAUGGCUCGGACGGCACGCACUUUGUUAAUCGGCGAUAUCGAGCUGGGUUUGAUCAGCGAGAUCCCAUGGGAGGAUCGAUCUGGCAGCGAGAAGUUUUUCUUCGAAUAUCCGGUUGUAUGUCUAAUCUUUUGCUCUGGCGAACUGACGAUCGUUGAGUACGGCCAAAACGAGGCGCUUGGUUCCGUGAGAACAGAGGCGGUGAAUCCGCACGUGGUCAGCGUGCGCGUAAACGAACGACUCUCAGCUGGUGGCGGUGACAACAAGAAGUUGGCCUACCUGCUGGACCCGAGAACUGUUCGCGUGAUUGAUCUGCUAUCCGGUGCGACCAUCAGCAUGAUCGUUCACGGCGCCCGCAUCGAUUGGCUGGAGCUAAGCGAAGCUGGCCAUAGACUGCUAUCGCGCGACAAGCGAGGCCGUCUUUGGCUUAGCGAUGACGAGGGUGACAAAGCCUUGUUGGUGACAGGAGUAUCUUUUGCAUCUUGGGUGACUGGUAGCGACGUCGUCGUCGCUCAGACAGGUCAAACCUUGGCCGUUUGGUACAACGUGGACGCACCAGAAGCAGUUACACUGACGUCGAUCAAGGGCGACGUGGUAGAUAUUGUCCGAGAAGAUGGUCGAACGUCCGUGAUGGUAGAGGAGCACGGUAUCAAAGUGGCACAUCUAUUAGACGAAGGACUGAUCGAGUUCGGCACUGCGUUACAUGACAGUGACUUUGGAAGAGUGAUCCUGUUCUUGGAGAACAUGGGCGACGGUCCGCAAGUGGAGACCAUGUGGGAGAACGUGGCCAGAAACGCAAUGAAUGAGAGGAAGCUCGAUAUAGCUGCCAGAUGCUACGCUGCGAUGGGUGACGUGGCUUGCGCGAAAUUUCUGAAGGAGACCGCUGAGAUUGGUGAAAAAUAUGCUAAAGAGACAGGCAAUGAGCCAAUGGCCAAUCCAGAAUGUUGGGCCCGGUUGGCCAUACUGAAUGGUGACCUGAAAACCGCUGAGGCGAUCUAUUUGGAGCAGAAUGAGUUGGACAAAGCAUUGGAUAUGUAUCAACGUUACUGGCGCUGGGAAGAUGCUCUAAAUUUGGCCCAAAGUCGAAACUGGAGUGGUUUAUCAGAACUGCGGGACCGUCACUUAGCUUGGUUGCUUGACACUGGCCAAGCGGCUCGCGCUGCCUCCAUCGUAGAAACCACGAAUCCUAGAAGAGCUGUUAAGCUUUAUCUGGAAGCUCACCGUCCUGGACGAGCCGCCAGAUUGAUACUUGCCGACAACGAGUUGCUGGAGGAUGAAAGAAUCGUCGAAGAGGUAAUUAGUGGCCUUAAGGCCACUGAUCUCACUGAACUCGCUGGAGAACUGUUGGAAAAGACUGGUGCCGGUUCCGAAGCAAUCAAAUGUUACUCCCAGGCCGGUGUUUUUGCCAGAGCCCUCGACUUAGCACGUAAAAUCGAUCCCACCUUGGUGGUCGAACUCGAAAGGGAUUGGGGAAAACAUUUGUCAGAGAAUGGUCAUUAUGACGCCGCUAUCAAUCACUUCAUCGAGGCGGGCGAGACGAUACUAGCAUUGAAGGCCGCUAUUAAUGCGCGACAGUGGAGAAAAGCUUUACAAAUUAUUCAGGUGAUUGAGGACGAUAAUCCGGAGAUUCGUCAACAAUGCGAAAAACUGGGUGAAUACUUCUCGUCAAUAGGCGAACGGAGCUUGGCGGAGAGUCUCUUCAUUCGCGCCGAAAAUGCCCAACGCGCUGUGGAGAUUCACAUCCAAUCUGGUGACUGGAUGCGUGCGCAUCAGGUAGCUCAAGAACACAUGAAGAGCGACGAGGCUAAUCAAGUGCUGGCGAAGCACGCCGAGAGCCUGCAGCAGAAUGGCGAGCUUCGUCACGCCGAGUCUCUUUACGUCGCAAUCGGUGAUCAUGACGCGGCAAUUGCUAUGUAUCGCAAAGCAGGAAAUCGUAGUGAUAUGGUCAGAUUGGUCGCACAGCACCGACCAGAUCUACUUCAGACUACUCACCAGCAUCUGGCAAGAGAGCUAGACGCAGCCAGCAAGCCAAGAGAAGCUGAAGAGCAUUUCCUAGGUGCCGGUGACUGGCGCGGAGCGGUUACAGCUUAUAGAUCUGCGAACAUGUGGGAGGAUGCGUUGAGAGUCGCUAAGAAAGCUUCGGGAGAAAAGGCAGCACAGCAGGUUGCUUUGAUGUGGGCUCGAACGUUGGCUCCAGAAUUAGGUGCGAGGCUCUUGAUGCGACUCGGUUACUUAGAACCUUGCCUGCAAUUGGCAUGUGAGGCUAAUUUGUUUGACUGGGCUCUGGAGAUUGCCAAAUAUGGCACAGUGGAUCAGAAGAAGGAAGUUCAUUACCGUUACGCAAUGGCGUUAGAAGACGAGGGUCGUUUUGUCGAAGCCGAGAAGGAAUUCGUGCAGGCCGGCAAGACUAUGGAGGCAGUACAGAUGUACAUUCAUACCCGCGACUGGGAGUCAGCCGAGGACGUCGCACGAUCGCACAGCCAGGAAGCAGUGGCGCAAGUCUUGAUUGCUCGAGCCGCCGAGGCCGCCGAAGGGCAAGACUAUGCUACAGCAGAGGCUCUUCUUCUAAGGGCCCACAAGCCAGAAAUGAUAAUAGAGCAUUAUAAGACAGCCGGAAUGUGGUCCGAGGCACUGCGAGUGUGUCGAGAAUAUUUGCCCAGUCAGGAGGCAGCACUGCGCAGAGAGUUAGGUCAAAGAAGCGCGGGAUUGGACGGAGCAAAUGCAUUGGAAGAAGCUCGGAAGUGGCUUGAUCUCGGGGAAGUGCGACCUGCUUUGGACACCUUGAUUCUGAACCCGCAGGCGCCGAGAUCAUAUCUCAUUCGUGCGGCUGACAUCCUUUUACAUCAGGCGGAUCCCGAAACGGCGGCGGAAAUCGGCGGUGACUUGGGUGCACGUUUGUUUUCCGUUGGUGAACACGCGCUUGCCGCUCAGGUGUUUCUUCAAGCGGAUCGGUUAAAGGACGCAGUGAGUUCACUGGUGGCUGUUGGCGAAUGGGAUCGCGCGCGACGAAUUGUCCGCGAGCUCGCUCCCGAUCUCGAGCCAUACCUAGAAGAGAAAUAUCAGGACGCUAUGGCGAACGAAGGCGAAAUAGAACGGUUGGCGGAAGUGGACGGGAAUGCCGCCCUCGAAGUAAUGGCGCGCAAAGGUCAAUGGAGUCAAUUGUUCGAUGUCGCGAGCUCGCAAAGUUCGGAGGUGCUGCACAAAUUUGUGGCUCGGCGUGCCGCACAGUUGCUGAAGAACGACGCCGCGCAGCAGGCACUGCAGCUUUACGCGCAAUACGGCGCACCCGCGAUUUCGCAGAAUUUUAAUCUGUAUCUGCAAUUGGCAGAGAGCAUCCUGAAUGCAGCGCAGCAAGAUUACAGAUAUUUGUCCCAACUCCGUGACGUUCUACACAGUCUCUACCGCUCAUCACCGUCCUCCGACAAAUUCGAGCAUUUUCUGAAAGCCGCUCAUUUCUCAGCGGUGAAGCACGGUUGCCGUUCUUUUCCGGCGCUUUCUGGCGUUGUGGUCAAGACGUCGGUUAGUCUCCUGCGAUACACCGACAUUCUUCACGCCGACAAAUGCUACUACGAAGCUGGUAUGGUAGCCCGUACCGCUGGUCUUCUGAGCGAAGCCUUCGUCUUUCUUAAUCAUUUUCUCGAUCUGGAGGAGUGCAUCGAGGAGGAAGGUGACGGCAACGUUCUAGACGUAGACGAUCUACGUGUCACUGACUUUCCCCUAGAAGUUCCACUUCCGGAAAAACUCGGAAUCGCAACGGAUCAACGAGAGGAAGCGAGAGAGUGGGUGUUGGCGGUGUCUAUGGACCAAAAGAUCGAGCAAGGUCUACCGGUCGACCAGAGAGGUGUCUACGUUGGCUCCCUCACGUCGCCGACAAAUUCUGGCGCGCCUCUUCAGCAAUGCGUGAUCACGGGAUAUCCAAUGCGCGGCCCGGUUGUCAGAUUCGAAGAGACCAACCGCGUAGCUGAUCGCGACGACUGGACUAAAUUGAUCAACACAGCCAGACAAGCACCACCGGAUUCGCCGCUAAACGACAUUUUAGUAUUUCUUCAGGAUUGGUGCGGCACGGCACCUAAGUAUUCGUUUUAA